CAAUAACAUCACUCUCUUCUCUCUCUCUUUAUAUUCUUUCUUUCAUCACUCUUGUUCUUCUUCUUCUUCAUUUUGUCACUUGUUUUUGUAGUCAUGGAAGUUUGUCAGAACUUCAAUGAUCGCUCGUGCGCUUUCAGAGGAAAGCGUACUAAGCGAUCAAGGCCAUCGUCCCCGCUGGACACAGUGGGUACGAUGUCAAUCACUACCACCAGCUCAGGUGGUGAUAGUGAUGACGGUGGUGGAAGUGAAGGUGGAGGUGAUUUAUGCAACUCAACAUACUCACCAACCACUUCUACUACUCAAAUUUUAAUAAGAGGCACAUCAGAGGAAGAUGAAGAUAUGGCUAAUUGUUUAAUUCUAUUAGCAAAAAGUGGAAGUGGCCAGAAAGUACAAGCUGUAACUGAUGAACUGAAAAAGGAGAAAAUCACUAGUAGAAAAAUUGCAGAAAUAACCACUAUUAGUACAACUGGGAAAGCUGAUUUUUAUGUCUAUGAAUGCAAAACUUGUAACAGAACUUUUCCUUCAUUUCAAGCACUUGGCGGUCACAGAGCAAGUCAUAAAAAACCGAAAACCAUAGUGGAAGACAAAAAAUCUGCCACUGCCACUGAUAGUACUGCUGCUUCUCAUGACGAUCAGCAGCACCACCAAGAGAGUGACGAUCAAGAGCAAGGACGUCUCAAUAAAAUUAGUCAUUCUCUCUCAAACCAAACAGCUGUUAUCAACAACAUCAGCAAAACCAAAAUCCACGAGUGUUCAAUCUGUGGAUCAGAGUUUUCAUCUGGACAAGCUUUAGGUGGUCAUAUGAGAAGACACAGACCACCAACUACUACUGCAACAACAACUGCAACUGCUACUACAAAAAUUAUUUCAACAAAUUUUGAAACAAUCAGUAAUGUUUCGGAAUCAUCAUCAUCGCAUCAUGACGAAAAAUCUACAAGAAAUAUAUUAUCUCUUGAUCUUAAUUUACCAGCACCACCAGAAGAUGAUCAUAAAUAUGAACAAAGUAUUGUGUUCUCUGCAGCUCCUUUGGUAGAUUGCUAUUACUAAUAAUUUAGUAUUAUUUUAUUUCCUCUUUUUAUUUACUAUACUUAGUAGUGAUCAAUUAAUUUGUCACAAAAAAAUUGUGAUAAUGAAUUUUUAGAAUUUUUUUAAAAUUAUUAUUGUUGUUGUUGUUCAUAUAUAUACAAGAAUUUGUUUUCUAA